AUCACUGCCCGUGAGAGAGGAGAGAAGAGAGGGCGGGGCAAUAGCCUUUAGAGAAGGGAGCGUGUUUUAACCAACUGAAAUCUGAUCGCAGCAGCAACAUUGAAAGACAGCGGCGAGGGUUUGGAAAGCGGUGGUGUAGUAGCGGUCAAGACUACCUCUCUUGAGCGGUGGUGGUAGCCUAUCCUUACAAUUAGCGGAAGGAAUGAGGUUAAGAAUUCGUCUGGGUCCUCGCGCACAAUGAACCACAAGAUUGGCAACUCACAAUGCAGGCAAUGCGUUGUAAAAUAAGCGACUGUUCUUCAGGGCAAUGAACCGGCUGCGAUGAUCAUGUCGCCACCAAGAAGAGGAAUGCCGUCAUGACAAUAGCAGCAUGACGUAGGAUUUGUUUUAUUUCUCCUCAGUGUGUUUGUUUUGUUUUUAUUUUAACAUCGUCGUGACAGUGGAGGUACGAACAACAUUUUUCAUCCGACGGAAACGAUUGAAUUGAAAUCAACAUGCAGAGUUGUCUUUUGAAUUGAUUGGACUGUCGGUUGGGGAAAUAGUGCCAGAGUUCAUGUGUGUGUGAAUCCAAGGAGCAAAGGUCUGGUGGAUUUGUAUAACCCUUCAUGUUUUCAGAGUAUAUGCUACGAUGAAUUCUUUUCUUUUUUCCGAGGCUUCAUCCAUCCCUGGUGCUGCCUCGCUUCCCAUGACUGGUUCCCCCAACGUGGGACCAGGAGUGCAGGUAACCAGUGCCCUCCGAAAUGAUUUGGGCUGCAACAUCCAUGUGUUGAAGACGCUCAACCUUCGCUUUCGUUGCUUUCUCGCCAAAGUUCACGAAUUGGAACGAAGGAAUAAAAUGUUGGAGACCCAGCUACAGCAAGCGGUAUUGCGAGCUCGCUACAGAGGGCUCUUUUGUCGCGAGCAAGCCACUCAGACGUUCGACACUGCCUUGGACCAUUCCAUAGCGGGACCCCUCCGACAGUCUCGGUUCCCCGGGAGGAUAUGGAGUUUCACUCAUACGAAGAGAUAUGGCGAGCGCUUUGAAACUCUCCAAGGACCUGGGGUGUCAUGGAUGCAUCCGGACGGUGUCGGCGUUCAGAUUGAUACCAUCACACCAGAGCUGCGGGCCCUCUACAACGUUCUGGCCAAAGUCAAGCGAGAGAGAGAUGAAUACAGAAGAAGAUGGGAGGAAGAAGUGUCUAAACGACAGCAGAUGGAGUCAAUGGUGGCGACAUUACGGGAGAAUGCCGUGGAGUCUGAGGGUAUUCAGGGGGAGCUGACAGAGAAGGUGGAGCGGCUGAAGACCGAACUGGUCGUCUUCAAGAGCCUCAUGACAGAUCAAAUGUCUGACCUGGACACUAAGAUCCAGGAGAAGGCUAUGAAGGUGGACAUGGAUAUCUGCAGGCGUAUCGACAUCACGGCCAAGCUGUGUGAUGUGGCACAGCAGAGGACGGCUCAGGACGUCAACAGCAAGAUGUGGCCUGUGGCCGCGUCCAGGCCAGCUGUGGACCAGAAUAAGGGUGCGAUGGUGUGCAGGAGGAAGGAGCCGAGAGGAGGUGUGUGUGAUGAGGAGGCUCCUGAGCAGGAGGACUCUGCCUUGCCUGAUGAGGACCCUGCCUUACCUGGAUCCCUCAACAUCACCGACGAGAUGAAACGCAUGCUCAACCAGCUAAGUGUUUUAGACAAUUCCUUUGUCUCCAGGCGGGAGACGUUUGAGUUUGAUGACGACUGUGACAGCCUGGCGUGGGAGGAGACAGAGGAGACCCUGCUGCUCUGGGAGGACUUCUGCAACUACAACUCACCCGGCGCUGUCGUCACGGCAACGGGUGCCACCAGUGGAGACGCCACAGAAGGAGCAUCCAACGAUGCCAGUCUGGGCAGCCUGAUUGAUGAGACGGAGACCCUCAUGAAGGACAGAGAGAAGGAGUACCAGGACACCAUUGGCCAGAUCGAGGAGGAGCUGGCCACGGCCAAGAAUGACAUGAACCGGCACCUGCAUGAGUACAUGGAGAUGUGCAGCAUGAAGAGAGGCCUGGACGUGCAGAUGGAGACCUGCAGGAGGCUCAUCAAGGGCUCCGGACCCGGGGCCAACGGCAGGAGCUCCCCCACGUGUAGCUCGGCAGGCAGCAGUGACUCAGGAAACACGGACGACAUCCCAGACGAGCUGGACAGGGACACCGAGCGGGACAGCGAGAAGGACGCUGUAGACACCAGUGACGCGCCAGCGGACAAGGAUGUAGCGCCGGGGGACACGGGGGACAAAGAGGAAGAGGACGUAGGGGACGGAGAGAGCAGCGGAGUGAGCGAGGGGAUGUCUGAGGACGUUCAUAAAGAAGACGACGAAGAAGAAGUGCUGGAGGAGGAGGUGGAGGAAGUAGAGGGGAAGAUGGAAAAUGUGCAGAUCGAGACAGAUAAAAAGACGGAGACACAGAUGGAAAAGGAAGAGGUGAAAGAGAAUGGACAGACGGCGGAUGAGGACACCAGUUGAUGUGUCAUGUCAGUCUGUCCAAUAUCCAUGUCAUUGCUCCAGAACUCUUGUACCCAAAAGUCCUUCAUCUCUAUUUUUCUCCACUGGACCACUUGGAGUCAUUGUGACUCCUAAGCGCAAGUAUUGGUGCUUUAUUUGACAAAAAAAAAAAAAGAAAGAAAGAAAGAAAAAAUUGCUACUUCUGGGGGGGAAUGUAUUUGAAUCUCCUAAACCCAGAGGAGAUGGUGUGGACGUGUACGUGUGUGGCAGGCUCCCUUCCCUUGCAACCCUCGCACUGCCAUGGCAUGGCUGCACACGCGCGCGCACACACACACACACACACACACACACACACACACACACUUUCUAGCGCUCUACCUCUGUCUCUGUCCCUCUCUUUGUCAAACACACACACACACACACACACACACACACACACACACACACACACACACACACACACACACACACACACACACACUUUCUAGCUCUCUACCUCUGUCUAUGUCUCUGUCUCUCUCCUUG